CCACCAUACUGUCUCUUAAAUUUAUCACAGAGAAAAUUACUCAUUUUAAUAUUUUCAAGUGUUGUGAUUGUUUUAAAAUGCAUGCAAAAUGUCAAAAUGAAAUACAAAAACAAGAAGCAAUCAUUAGUCAACUACAAGAAGAUUUACAAGAGAAAAUCAAACGAAUCUCAGAAUUGACAAGUUUAUUAGAUAAAUAUCAAAGUGUAUUUAGUCAAUCGCCAUCAUUGUCAACACCUGUAACUAUUGUUAAAGGUCAGCUCCAACAACAACAACAACAACAGCAACUGCAGCAGUCAAAAGAACGACAACCUGGUCUUAAUGAUGAAUUAUUUGGAUUUGGUGGCAGCGCUAAGCCAGAUCCACAUGACCCUACAUUACAAACAAGAAAACGUGGUAUUGGUAUUUCAGCGGAACCACAAAAUGAAGAUGAAAUUCAAUCGAAAGAAUUGCAUUCUUAUCCUAAACCAGAAGAUGUUUCUAAAUUAAUAAAAACUGCUAUUCUGGAAAAUGAUUUCAUGAAUCAUAUUGCAUCAAGUCAAUUGAAUCAAUUAAUCAAUUGUAUGUACAGUAUCGAGUUUACCGAGGGUGAAAUGAUUAUCACUGAAGGCGAUUAUGGUUCAUUGGUGUAUGUUUUAGGCGAGGGACAACUGGAAAUUUCCAAAGAUGGUCGAAAAUUACGAGUGUUAGAUCGUCCAACUGUACUAGGCGAAUUAGCUGUUCUAUAUAAUUGUACUCGAACUGCCAGUGUUAAAGCUUUAACAAAUGGAAUACUUUGGGCUAUUGAUAGAACAUCAUUUCAAACUAUAUUGAUGCGUGAUCAUUUACAAAAACACAAUGAUUAUAUAACAUUUCUGAAAAGUGUACCAACAUUUAGUAAUUUACCAGAUAGUACAAUAUCUAAAUUAGCAGAUCGGCUGACUGAAGUUACUUAUCGUCCAAAUGAAUAUAUUAUACGUCAAGGUGCUAGAGGUGAUAAUUUCUACAUUAUCGCUGAUGGUCAAGUGAAAGUGACCAUUUAUCCAACAUUAGAGAAUGGUACAAUUGAUCGUACAAAAGAACCACAAUUUGUACGUACAUUAAGUAGAGGUGAUUGGUUUGGUGAAAAAGCAUUAACUGGUGAUAACUUACGCACAGCGAAUAUUAUUGCCACUGGAGAUGAAGGAGUAACAUGCUUAGCUUUGGAUUUAGAAUCAUAUAGUCUUUUGAUUGCUGAUUUAGCUGCUUUGAAAAGACGAUAUUCACAAGAAAAACCACAAGAACCGACAAUUGAAGAAUAUAAACCAGAAUUUCAAGACUUACAAUUGAAAGAUUUAAAAAUUAUGGCUACUUUAGGCGCUGGUGGUUUCGGUCGUGUUGAACUUGUUUGUAUAGGAAGUGAUAAAUCGAAAACGUAUGCUUUAAAAAAAAUGAAAAAACAGCAUGUUGUAGAGACGAAACAGGAAGAACAUGUAAUGAAUGAACGUAAUAUUAUGUUACAUACAGAUUGUGAUUUUAUUGUAAGAUUAUGUAAAACAUUCAAAGACAAUAAAUAUGUUUAUUUAUUACUGGAAGUAUGUUUGGGUGGUGAACUUUGGUCUCUUCUAAAAGAUAAAUAUUUUUUUACUGAACAAGCUACACAAUUCUAUGUUGCAUGUGUAGUUGAAGCAUUGGAUUAUUUACACAGGAAAAAUAUUGUAUAUCGUGAUUUAAAACCGGAAAAUAUUAUGUUGGAUACACAAGGAUAUUGUAAACUUACAGAUCUUGGAUUUGCUAAACAAUUACCAUAUGGAGCUAAAACAUGGACAUUCUGUGGUACACCAGAGUAUAUGGCACCCGAAGUGAUAUUAAAUAAAGGUCAUGAUAUUGCUGUUGAUCAUUGGUCAUUAGGUGUAUUGUUAUUUGAAUUAUUGACAGGCUUACCACCAUUUGAAUCACCAGAUACAAUGCGUACAUAUGGAAUUAUAUUAAAAGGAAUUGAUGCUGUAAAUUUCCCAACAAGAAUGUCAAGAAAUGCUCAAUCUUUAGUUAAAAAACUCUGUCGUGAAAAUCCAACUGAACGAUAUGGCAUUGGAAAAGAAGGACUACGUGAAAUUGAAAAACAUGUAUGGUUCGAAGGAUUCGAUUGGGUUGGAUUACGUAAACGAGCAUUAAAAGCACCACAUGAAAGACAAGUAACAUCACAAAGUGAUCUUAAACAUUUCGAUGAAUAUCCAGAAGAAAUUGAAGAGCCAGAAGAUGAAACAUCUGGAUGGGAUGAAUUAUUUUGAUAAAACAAAAACUGGAUAGAAUGUAUUUC